GUGUUUUGUUUAGUUGUGAAAUUUGGGAGCAUUAAAGCUUUGAGCAAGGAAGAAGCUUCUUCCACUCAGUCACUAUGAUCCAACUGCUCAUUUCUUCUUGCUGAUUGUUGAGAUGCCCAUGAGGACAAAUAAUGGAUUUUUAUUGAAAUUGAAAUGAGAGUGGUGGCUCUUAACUCAUUAUCAUUGGCCUUGGUGUCUUCUUUUAUGAUUCAACAAGAUUUAAGGGUUGGGAGUAGUGGAGUGGUCUAUGCUGUGAAGUUGUAUCCUGCUGGAGCUACUACCAAUUCACAAGAAGGAGUAACAGAUAUCUUUGGAAAAUGCUUUCCUGUUCUUGAGGAGAUGGUGAAGCAGAAAAUGCCUUUGUUGGUAUAUUCCCUCAACUGUACCCUAGAUAAAAUGGCAAAGUUUGAAUUACUCUUUCCUUGCUUAACAUGUAGCUUUCUUUACUCAAAAGGG